GCCGAAAAAAAAAAAGAAGAAAAAAAAAAAACGCUCGAAGAAAGAAAAAGAGGGAGAAGAGCAACGAAGACGGACCUGCAAAUUCUGCAGUCUCCACUGACACUUUCGAUCUUUCUCUCUUUUCACCUUCUGCAAUCUUCAGUUUAUGGAAGGAGAUAAUCAUCAGAGGUAGCAUUUCCCAAUGCAUCCAAAGCGAUCAAGUCAAGGAGAUGAGUCACUUACUAAGCCAGUUAGAAGCAGCGAUAGGCUUAGGAGGAGGCCCAAAUUGUAUGGUCGCUCAUACUAUUACUACUCACCAAACAUAUUACACAAUAGGAAAAGAAACACAAAGACAAGAACGGCAGCCUCACAGAUUGCAAAGAUGCUGCAUAAAGGGAACCAUCCAGCACGGGCAUCAAAUGCCACGAAUGUUGAUAACAUUGCUAAUGACGUACAGCCAAUUGCAUCCGACCUCCGGCGUUCCACAAGGAAGAGAAGAGUUUCUGUAAAUCUUGAGGACUAUACUGACAGUUCUGGAGCGGAGGAUGAAGAUAUGAUGAGUCCAGCAUAUCGAACUCUGAGGAGUAGAGUCAAUAAUGGAGUUCAUCGAAAUUUCUCAACUUCAAAAGGUAGAAAGGCCAUGGAAACUGAAUCGGCACCACGACGUGAAGGCAUGGGCACCAGGGUUGAGAGGAAUGCUAGGAGAGGUGGGUCUCGGCCUCACAAGCGCCAUCGCUUUACAAGAACAGAUGAUUCAGAUGAUUCUCUUCUAGUGGAUGAGUUGGACCAGGGCCCUGCAAUUCCCUGGGCUCGAGGUGGAAACAGAUCUGGGCCACCUUGGUUAUUUGGGGGUUUGGACACAUACGGGUCAAGUUCAUUGGGGUUGAAUGUUGGAGCUUCUGGUUGGGGUCACCAGAGUGAUGGUUUAGCUGCAUUAACUUCUGGGGCUCAGACUGCUGGGCCAAGCUCUAAAGGAGGUGCAGAUAUUCAGCCACUGCAGAUUAAUGAGAAUAUUAAUUUUGACGACAUUGGUGGGCUGUCCGGCUACAUUAAUGAUUUGAAAGAAAUGGUUUUCUUUCCGUUGCUGUACCCAGAGUUCUUUGCAAGUUACAACAUUACUCCUCCGAGAGGUGUACUGCUUUGUGGUCCUCCAGGCACGGGUAAAACACUGAUUGCUAGAGCAUUGGCAUGUGCUGCUUCAAAAGCUGGACAGAAAGUUAGCUUUUAUAUGCGAAAGGGUGCUGAUGUCCUUAGCAAGUGGGUUGGUGAGGCUGAGAGACAACUAAAGCUACUCUUUGAGGAGGCUCAGCGAAAUCAGCCUUCAAUAAUCUUUUUUGAUGAAAUUGAUGGUCUUGCUCCUGUAAGAUCCAGCAAACAAGAACAAAUACACAAUUCUAUUGUUUCAACUUUGCUGGCGCUGAUGGAUGGCCUUGAUUCUCGUGGUCAAGUCGUUCUCAUUGGAGCAACAAACAGGGUGGAUGCAAUAGAUGGAGCACUACGCCGCCCUGGGAGAUUCGAUCGGGAGUUCAAUUUUUCUUUACCAGGCUGCGAAGCACGAGCUGAAAUAUUGGAUAUUCACACUCGUAAAUGGAAGAAUCCUCCUACUAGGGAGCUGAAAGAGGAAUUGGCAGCUAGUUGUGUAGGGUAUUGUGGUGCUGAUUUAAAGGCUUUGUGCACUGAAGCUGCCAUUCGUGCCUUUCGUGAGAAGUAUCCACAAGUUUAUACCAGCGAUGAUAAAUAUGCCAUAGAUGUUGGAUUGGUUAAGGUUGAGAAGAGCCACUUUGUGGAGGCAAUGUCAGCUAUCACUCCUGCUGCACAUAGAGGGUCUGUUGUGCAGUCCAGACCACUAUCUCCGGUUGUAUUGCCAUGUUUACAUCGACACCUCCUUGAAUCCAUGAGUUUAAUAUCAGGUAUUUUUCCCUCGUCAACCAUGUCAUCGGAGAUGACCAAGCUGUCAAUGCUUUCAUUUGGAUCCGCAAUUCCUCUGGUUUAUCGUCCUCGACUUCUGUUGCUUGGUGGUGAAGGAGUUGGACUGGAUCAUCUUGGGCCUGCUAUUUUACAUGAGCUAGAAAAAUUUCCUAUUCAUUCUCUGGGACUUCCAUCUCUUCUUUCGGAUCCUGGUGCAAAGACCCCGGAGGAGGCGCUAGUACAUAUAUUUAGUGAAGCUAGGAGAACCACACCUUCAAUACUUUAUAUACCGAUGUUUAAUAAUUGGUGGGAAAAUGCGCAUGAACAGCUUCGGGCUGUUUUUCUGACUUUGUUAGAAGAGUUGCCAUCAAAUCUGCCCAUACUAUUACUUGCUACAUCUUAUGGUGAAUUGUCUGACAUGGAAGAGCAGUCCGUAUUUGACAAUCGAUCUGUCUAUAUUGUGGACAAACCAUCAAGCGAAGACAGGUCUCUGUUCUUUGACCGUUUGAUUGAAGCUGCUCUCUCAGUCAUCUCAGGCUUAAAUGGCAAACCUGAUGGACCACAACCCCCUCCAGAACUUCCCAAAGUUCCAAAAGCACCUACUGGUCCAAAACCCGCAGAAAUAAAAGCCAAGGUGGAAGCAGAGCAGCAUGCCCUUCGACGAUUGCGUAUGUGUCUCAGAGAUGUUUGCAACAGGAUACUAUAUGAUAAAAGAUUCAGUGCAUUCCACUUCCCAGUUACUGACGAGGAUGCUCCAAACUAUCGCUCAAUAAUUCAAAAUCCAAUGGAUACGGCUACUCUGCUGCAGCGUGUCGAUGCUGGGCAAUACCUCACAUGUUCACCCUUCUUGCAAGAUGUUGAUCUCAUUGUGAGAAAUGCCAAGGCAUACAAUGGAGAUGAUUACGCUGGAGCGAGAAUUGUCAGCAGAGCCUAUGAGCUUCGAGAUGUAGUGCAUGGGAUGCUGUCGCAGAUGGACCCAGCACUGCUAACACAUUGUGAUAAGAUCGCAGCUGAAGGUGGUCCUUCACAGAUACCAGAUGACCUGAGUGGAUCUAUCCUUGGUUUAGCUCCUGUGGUGCAGAUGGGGACUGUUACUAGAGCCAGUGCCCGACUUCGAAAUGUGCAGCCAGAGCUUAUUUUAGAUCGAGAUUAUGAAGGUCUUAAAAAGCCCAAGAAAACCGCUGAUGCUCUCUGUACAGAUUCAGCUGCAGACAAAUCACAACACCAAGAUUUAGGCCAAGAGAUGACAUCUCCGGAGGCAGCCAACUCAAACUCAUCAGCUCCUUGUUCAGCAGAUGGUGGUGAUAAGGAAGACCAAAGCGAGCCGCCGAGAAAAGAGGAGGCUUCAGGGGAAGAAGUGAGUGGUGAUUGCUCCCGAGAUUCUGUUAAGCCAGACGAAGAAAUUUCGAGCGGGAUAGAAUCUGUGAAGGGAGUGCUAAUGGAGCGUACUGAAGACUACAGCCUUCCGCAGAUGGAGAGGGUUUAUACUCGAAUCAUGAAAGGUGUUCUGGAGACUUUGGACAAAGGGCUUCGUGGUGAUAAAAGCCCUAAGCAUUCAAUUUUGAGAUUUUUAUCGGAAUUCGCUCAGCAUGAGGCGAAUUUUUGAGUCUUAACUUUCUCAUAAUCGGUCACUAGGUUAGAAAAGAAUGAAAGUAACAAUAUAAUUCUUUUUUGUUUUUAUCCGGAUUUUUCUUGGACGGAAAAAGUUGCAAGAACAAACAAAAAGUAGAAGUUACAUCAGCAGGAUCUUAUUGUAAAGUGUUGAACUUGCACCUUUAUAUCUGAAACAGGCUUAUAAGCCAACUAAAAACAAUCAAUCUUUAGGCUAUGCUUUCUAUAUACCAAUUAGACAGAAGAG